UUAGUAGUGAAAUAAAUGGCCGUGAAUGUAGCACAUAAUUUCAUACUCAGCAAAAAAAAAAAAAAGAGACGCUAUGGUGGGAUACACUAUCCAGUCUAUACCGCCAUUAAUUUAUUUGCUUCCUUAUGAACAGUCUAAAAAUAGUUAUUUGUUUGCCUCAAUUGGGUAAACUUUUGGCAUUUUAUACAGAAAAAAAUGGCUUCUUUUAAUUUCAACGGACAUAUACUACUGCAAUUGAGAAAAAACACUGCUCCAACAAUAGUUGUGCUGCAGGCUGAUUGGCAAUUAUUACAUCGGUCAGCGGCGACGGGAAAGGGAAAUGUAAAUGCGAUAUGGGUAGGUAGGCUCUGGAAGGAGAAUAAUGGGCAAAGAGCCUCAAAUACUUCAGUACAUAGACGCGUUCCCGAGUAUUAACUACUACACUAAUACAGAAGGUGCAUAGAGUAAUCAUCAAUUGCGUAUGCUCAUAGCUCUCGAUCGGAACAUACUGCUAUAAUCUUGCCAGAUCAAUAACGUGAGGAUGGAAGCUUUGACAUACAAUCUCCAAUGCAAUACAAAAAUUGCUUCUUGUAAUACAUCCAAUGAACCAUCAUCAUAAUAUAGACAAAAAGCAACCCUACAACACUACAAUACACUGAAAAAUUUGACUAAUCUAUUGGAAGUGUGAUAAAACCAAGAACAAUGGAGUAUGGGCACUCCUCGGCUUCCGUGUUGUUAAAUACGUUUGUGAUUAAAAAAAAAAGGUGUAGGGUGUAUUUUCACCGUGGCACCCUCAUCUGGGAAACAGAAAAAUCACCUUACACUAGAUGGACUUUGCCUUUGACUGAUGCAUUAGCAGUGAACUAUGGUGACAAUUAUAUCCCUGAAAGCUGGAUAAGAGGGAAAAAUAAUGCUGCCACUGCUCUUCCAUCGUCACCCACUAGUUUCAUAUUGCAUUAUGCAGCGCGAGGGCCAAACAAUCGAUGGAGUCAUCAUACCGUUGUUAUGUACCAUACCGAUUCAAGACAAGUUGCUUCAUGGGUAAAAACUAUCAGGAAUUAUCUUCUGAAUAUCUCUUGCCGUCCCCGAAAGAUUCUUGUAUUCGUUAAUCCAUAUGGAGGAAAGAAAAAAGGUGAAAAAAUAUGGCAGAAAGAAGUUCAACCUCUCAUGAGAAUAGCGGGGAUAGAGACGAAAGCUAUUAUGACUGAAAGGGCUGGUCAUAUCAAAGACAUUAUACUCAAUUCAAAUUUAGACGGCUUUCAGGCAAUCGUUUGUGUUGGCGGUGAUGGUACCUUCGCGGAAUUGUUCAAUGGGCUGGUUUUGAGAACGGCCAACGAUCUCCAAGUUGAUUCGAAUGACUCAAACGUUAUCUUACCCCAACCACUAAUUCCCGUGGGUAUAAUACCUAGUGGAAGUACUGACACUCUUGCCUAUAGUCUUCAUGGAACAACCGAUGUCCAAACUUGUGUUAUACACAUUAUUUUCGGCGAUACUGCUGGAUUAGAUCUAUCUUCUGUACAUGGGAAUCACAGUUUACACAGAUUAUAUGCUAGUGUAUUGAGUUAUGGUUACCUAGGUGAUGUUGUUAAAGAGAGUGAAAAAUUCAGAUGGAUGGGUCCUCAAAGAUAUGAUUAUUCUGGUUUUAAAAAAAUUAUUGCUAACAAAGGCUACGAAGGGGAAAUUGAGCUGCUCUCUGAUCCUUGUCAUCCGGCUGCAAGUACUCGAUGUAUGAAAAAUUGUGGUCGAUGCAUAAGUCAUGCGUGUGAUGAUGAAAAAAGAAACCAUGAAAUAUCGAGAAAGUUAACAGUCAGGGGCAAAUUUUUUAUGGUUAACGGUGCUAAUGUUUCCUGUGCUUGCUCAAAAUGUCCACAAGGAUUCAGUCCACACUGUCACAUAGGGGAUGGCUGUCUUGACAUCAUUCUAGUCCGACAUACAUCGCUAAUGAAUAAUAUCCGAAUGUUAUGGAGAUUAAGCAGUAAAAAAAAAAAUGUGUACGAUCUUCCAUUUGUCGAAGUCUAUCGAGCACGUGAGUUUACAUUUCAAGCUUUUCCACAAUUGUCCUCAACUGAUACCAUCAGUACCAGCCAUACAAGAUCAACUGUUAGUGUUUGGAAUUGUGAUGGAGAAGUUCUCGAACAUGUUGAUGUGAAAAUCAGGGUGCACUGUCAACUAUUGAAAGUAUUUACGAGACGUAUGCAGGAACCAGUGAAACAAUCCAAGUGUUUUUGUUUUCCGUAGAUAAAAACAAAAAUAAUAAUAAUAAUAAUCAGGCGAAACUGACGAAUUCAUCAUCAUUUCACAUGGGAAAUAUGCAAUUACCAAAUGAUGAUUGUAAAAAAUAACGGAGAGUAAGAUUUUUCUUCUCCUGUCAUUCAGGGUACAAUUUACAGUUGUUUUUGUUAUUAUUAAUUUUUCUUCAUUUCAUAUGAUGAUUGGACAUCAAGUUUUUGAAAUAUUGAUUCUCGUACUUAAAGACUAAAUGAUCGGAAUGAUUUUAGAAACAACAAGUGCUGUAUUAUAAUUAGAACAGAUGAGUAUUUUUAUGAUUCAGUAUUGUAUCAACCAUUUGUGGUAAUAAAUCUAUGGGGAAAUAUAA